ACUAAACUAAAUCGAACCGAACCAAACUAAGCUCACCUAGUUUCAUGACUCAAUUCGAAACGACUAAGCGUUUAGAUCCUUCAUUGAUCGUCAUCGUCAACCUCGUAACGAAUGAACAUAUGUUUUCAACAGAAGAGAACCCUAAAUAUAUUAAGGUACUCAUUUAAUUUUCUCCAAGCUUUAUAUUUCGUGUUAUAUAGUUUUAGUGGUUAUGCAAUUUCGUCUUGGGUCAAGGUUUUAGGAUUUAAGAUUUUUUUUGAAUCGGGCGUUAGGAUUUUGAAGCGCUUAUUCGACGGUGGUGGUGAAUUGCGCGGCGAGUUCGCUGCCAUUGCCCGCUGGAGAGUACCGUUCUGUAAGUUACAAUUAAACUGGCCGAUAAUGUUGUGGUUCAAUUGAUUUAAAUUCUAUUGUGUUUUAAAAUGUCAUCUCAUAUGAGCGAGCAAGUAAAUACUGAUCAACAACUACAAAAUGUGAAUUCUUCGAAUUUUAUCGACGAGGAUGAUGGUGAUAACGAAGGUGAGGAAGAAGAAGAAGAUGAUGUUGAUUUUAAUCCCUUUUUGAAGGGAACACCGUCCCCGGAAGCUUCGUCUAGUUUAAGCUCAGAAGUCGAAGAAUUGACUAGCAAUUCUUCGAAGAAAAUAGUUAGUUACGAUGUUGGGGAUUGUGAGCAUGGUGAAGAGGUUGUGAUGCAAAAUGCAGAUGUUUUUUCAUCCGAGAGUGAAAAGAAAUUUACGAAUAAGAAGAGGAAAUCUGAAUUUGUUGAUAAACUGGGGAAUAAAAGUGUUCAAGAGAAUGUUGACAAUAAGAAUGAGAGCUUGAAUGAUAAGGAUGAGAAUGAGGACGAGGACAUGGAUGCUAUAUGGAAGCGUACAAGGGCGCGAUAUUCGCUUACGAGUUUUACACUUGAUGAACUAGAGACCUUUCUUCAGGAAACAGAUGACGAGGAUGAUCUUCAGAAUGUUGAUGAUGAACAAGAGUAUAGGAAAUUUCUUGCUGCUGUUUUACUUGGUGGCGGAGAUGGUGAUUGUGAUGGUCAGUCUGGGAAAGAUAUUGAAAAUGUUGAUGAUGAUGAAGAUAAUGAUGCGGAUUUUGAGAUUGAGCUUGAAGAGUUGCUUGAGAGUGAUGUUGAUGAUAAUAAAAGGGAUGCAGACCAAAAAGUUGAGUAUAAGAGAGGCUGUCAACGGCGAGAGACUAGGCAGAAUAGACGCCAAAAAGCCUCUGAUCAGUAUAAAAGGAAGCUUUUGGAACAGACAAAGAGGCCGUUGCGUCCUCUUUUACCAAUAUUGCCUAAUAGGCCAGUUGGUUCUUUUCCAACUGCUGAUGGAAAAGUUUCGGCGCUUGAGACUGCACCAAGCCACAUAACUUCUGGAGCUGAACAUGGGUUAAUAAAUGGAUUCACUCCGCAGCAAAUAGGCCAGUUGCAUUGUUUGAUACAUGAACAUGUGCAACUCCUUGUUCAAGUUUUUUCCCUUUGCAUUCUCGAUCCCUGUCGGCAGACGAUUGCCAACCAGGUUCAGGGAAUGCUUUUUGAGCUGCUUCAUAAACAUGAUGAAACAAUAGCCUGCAGAAGUGUGCCAUAUCCAAGUAUUUGCUUUCAACCUUCUUACAUGUGCCCAUCAGUGAUAGAGGACCUCCCCAAUUUAAUCCCACCGCAGCACAGAGAAACAACUUCUGAUUCAAACAUGCAGAUGGUAGUUUUUCAGGACGUGUCCCCAACUACUGGAAGAAAGGAUCAUAAUUCCAACAAGCCUAUUGGUACCUCACCAAAUGCUGGCUCAUUCUGGGCACCCUUCGUGGCUCAUCCAGUAACUUGCAUCCUCAAUGUAGCUCCACUUAGUUUGGUUAGACCAUUUAUGGAUGACGUUUCCAAUGCUGUUCGGGAGUAUCGACAACGGCAUCUGGAUUCUAGUUGUGAUGCAUGGAAUGAGAGGGAAUCACUUUUUCAUCUUCCUCAUUUUCCAUCAGUCGCUGAGGAAACUGGUGAAGUUUCGAAUGGAAACUUGGCCCUUGCUGUCUGUGCAGUACCAUCUACAUCUGGUCGACAACCACCUAAAAAGACAUUGGCUGCUUCUAUUGUUGAGAAGGUGAAGAAGCAAUCGAUUGCUUUAGUCCCUAAAGAUAUUAGCAAGUUAGCACAGAGGUUUCGUCCUCUAUUUAAUCCAGCACUAUUUCCUCAUAAGCUACCCCCUGCUGCUGUUGCCAAUAGAGUCCUUUUUACUGAUUCUGAAGAUGAAUUAUUAGCUUUGGGGAUGAUGGAGUAUAAUACAGAUUGGAAGGCAAUUCAACAGCGUUUUCUUCCAUGCAAAUCUAAGCAUCAGAUAUUUGUUCGGCAGAAAAAUCGGUGCUCAUCAAAAGCACCUGAAAAUCCCAUCAAGGCAGUUCGGAAGAUGAAAACCUCUCCACUGACUUCAGAAGAGGUAGAAUGCAUUCAGGAGGGACUCAGGGCUUUCAAACAUGAUUGGACAUCAGUAUGGAGAUUCAUUGUCCCACAUAGGGAUCCAUCCUUACUUCCUCGACAGUGGCGGGUUGCCAUUGGAACUCAGAGGUCAUACAAAUCAGAUGCUGCUAAAAAGGAAAAACGACGUGUAUAUGAAUCAAACAGGCGAAGGUGCAAAACAGCAAAUUUGGCAAACUGGCAUCAAGUGUCUGGCAAGGAGGACAAUCGGAUUCAUCCUACUGGAGGAGAGAACAAUAGUGGAGAUGAUUAUGUUGAUAAUCCAAAUGAAGCUUAUGUCCAUCAGGCAUUUUUAGCAGAUUGGAGACCAGAUGCUCCAAACCUCACAUCCUCUGAACGUCUCUGCUCAAACCUUCGGGAUAAAAAUCUUCCACCUGGUGCACUUUCAAGAGAGGGUAGUCACAUUAGAAAUCAAUCUCACUUUGUUGAUAUGCAUGGUUUUGCACAUGCCCACUACUAUCAAUAUCCUCAUAGUAUGCCGAACUAUACAAAUGUUAGGCAUUGUCCUCCUAAUUCAAUGCAACUGAACCAUCAAGUUUUUGAUAGAACACAGAGUGCUGUUAAAUCUCAGUUAUUUAUGUGGCCAUACUGGACACGUAGAACUGAGGGCGCACACUUGGUGAAGUUAGCACCAGACCUGCCCCCUGUAAAUCUUCCAGCGACGGUCCGUAUAAUUUCUCAGGCAGCUCUGAAAAGCAAUGAGUGUGGAGUGCCUAUAAAGCAACAUGCGCUAGGAGGUAUUACUAAAGAUGCUGGAAAGGAUAAUAUAGUUCAUAGGGCUCCACUAAAUGCAAAUUUGAGAAUCACCAAUUUGGCAACAACUGAAAGGGAUAAAGGCAAUCAGGUGGGAGGUAAGAUCACAAACUCAUGUCCAGAAGAGCUCACAAAUUCACAUCCAGAAGAGUCUGCGACUCAUGGUGCUGAAGAGAGAGGCAAUGAAUCAGAUCUUCAGAUGCAUCCCUUACUGUUCCAGUCUUCUGAAGAUGGGCGCUUGUCAUAUUAUCCGCUGAGCUGUAGCACUGGAGCAUCUACUUCGUUUACUUUCUUUUCAGCAAAUCAGCCGCAAUUGAAUCUGGGUCUCUUUCAUAGUCCACAGCCAGCAAAUCAAAGUGUUGAUUGUUUAAUUAAAUAUUCUAAGACAAAGGACUCCGCCUCAGCAUCAAGAGGCAUUGACUUUCAUCCCCUUCUGCAAAGAACAGAAGAAGAAAAUAGUGAAUCGGCCUCUCCAUGCUCCAAUGAGCGCCAAUAUGUUUGUUUGGGAAGCAAAUCUGCUCAAUUUCAGAAUCCUUUAGUAGCAGUUCAGACUAAAUCACCAGUCCAUAUUGGCCCAUCUGCUACUGGUACCAAACCCUCUUGUCCUAUUGAGAAAAUUAAUGAACUGGACUUGGAAAUUCAUCUUUCUAUGUCCACUACGGAGAAAAUUAGAGGAAGUGGAGAUGUUGGUGCAAAUAACCAAUUGAACUUAUCAAAUAGUGCAGUGAAUUCUGGAAAGACAAUUGAAAAGCGCAAAAGUAAUUGCCCCACGGUGCAGAGCAACCUGAAUUUAGGUGUUGAUGUAUCAGCUGCCCCUAGAAUUAAUGAUAACUUAGAAGACCAGUCUCUCCCAGAGAUUGUGAUGGAGCAGGAAGAGUUGAGCGACUCAGAUGAAGAAACUGAAGAACAUGUAGAGUUUGAGUGUGAGGAGAUGGCUGAUUCUGAUGCAGAGGAGUCAUUGAGCUGUGCAUCACCAGCCGAAGAGCAACAUAAGGAGUUCCCGAGUUUUGAAACUGGAGGAGUUACAAGUCCCGUUCACCAAAUGGAGGAUAGUUCUUUCUCAAAGUUGAAUCUGACAAGCCUUGGAAAGGAUGCUACAAAUAGCUCUUGGUUAACUUUAGAUUCAUGUGCAUCUAUUGAUCCUCCAAGCAUGAAGGCGAAGCAUGAAGAAUGUACACUCACUGUUUCUCCUGCUGCCAAAAAACUAACUGCGUGUCGUCCAAACAGAUCCUGCAAGAAGACGACACCGAGCAAAAUAAAAGUUGCAACGGAGAAAGAUGUUGCGGACAUGGCACAACAGCUUAGCCUUGGAUUUCUUGCUGUUUCGACAUUGAAAAAACCUAGAAAGCGUGUUGGUCGAGCAAAUACAGACUUGAUCACAGCAAGGAAAAAUGAAAAUUUCAGCUGUGAACUAGACAAGAUUGGUUGAUUGCUGCUUCUUUAGUAAUCAGAAAUAGUUGGAAUUAAGUUAUAUUGUUUUGCUGGGAUGUGAUCGGUCCAAUUAACAAAUGACAUUGUAGGGGUGGAGAAAUUUGCUGCCGCAGAAUGAUGAUCCAUGCCCCCUCGAAGAUAUCAGGAGACAGAAUUUUUGUUUUCUUAGUUCUUGUUGUCCUGAUUUAGUGUGAAUAGGUUAUUAGUGGCAUGUAUUUAUGUAUAAAUAACUUUUUUGAUUGUAGAUUUUGUUAUUCCCAAUUUGGGAGGACAGUCAUAACUGUAAAAGUAUAUAAUGAGAAAUGCAGUGCAGAUUGAUACAAUGAAAAAAAAGAAAACAGGAGUCUGCAACUUUUUUUUGAUUCUCA